AUGAGGCAGCACUUCAUCAACAAUCAGCACUUCUUCUUCAUCAACUUUGCAGCAAGACCACCAACAUUGCUUGAAGCUUCAACGACAUCUAAGCGUCACCAUGGCAAAAACAACACUACUCUUGCCUUCACCAUUCCGACGAUCCUGACGUUGGUGCAAAUGAGGUAUGCACAGGAAGAUCUGUUCAAAACGCAUCGGAUCAUCAUGAUGGUUGUUCUGUCCAGCGUCCUCGGAUAUUGCUUGGCCUUCAGCUUAUUAGGGGUACUGCGGCUGCUUAUGAAGCUUAGUGUUAUUAGUGAUGAACAUGAUCAGAGUCAUGCAUACAUAUAUAAAUGGUGCCACGUCACCAUGAUGCUGUUUGGUUCAAUCUCAGUUGCUUCACUCUUGUGGCUUCUGCUUUUUCCACACUCCUCUUCCUGCCACCUUGUGAUCUAUCUAAUCUUGUGCUUGUUGCUUUUGCUGGUGGUACUGCUGGGGUUGGCCUACAAACUGGUGCCGGCCGUCGCUGAAUUCCUUUCUCCGGCUUGCCGAGGACAGAACCGUAUCAGGAGGGCAAGUCCACUUUUGCCCCUCAGCACAAUGGAUUUGUCCCAAAGAUAG